CUGCAUCGGCUCCCGCACCGUAGGGAACGAGGUGAUUGCGGUGGACUGGAAGGGGCUGCGAGAGGUGGACCAGAUCAACAUGGAUAGCACCAGCUCGCUACACGGCAGCAGCAUCCACCGGCCCUCCACGGAGCAAACACGGACAGAUUUCUCUUGGGACGGCAUUAAUCUCUCUAUGGAAGACACAACCUCCAUCCUUCCCAAGCUGAAGCGGAACUCCAAUGCGUACGGGAUCGGAGCCCUUGCUAAAUCUUCUUUCUCUGGGAUGUCUCGCAGCAUGAAGGAUCACGUCACCAAACCCACUGCCAUGGGGCAAGGACGCGUCGCUCACAUGAUCGAGUGGCAGGGCUGGGGCCAGGGCGCAAGCCAGCAGCAGCACGUCCACACCCACGAAAACAUCCGCAAGGACGCCGACGCCUACUCCGACCUGAGCGAUGGGGAGAAGGAGGCCCGAUUCCUGGCAGGAGUGAUGCAGCAAUUUGCUAUCUCUGAAGCCACCCUCAUGGCUUGGUCUUCCAUGGACGGUGAGGAUGUCAGUGUCAACUCCACCCAGGAGAACCAGGCUGGCAACUACAGAGAGAACUACCAGGAGAUGAUGGAGAACCAGGACCCCCUGGCCCAGGCGCAGUACGACAGCUGGCCCCACUCCUACGUCUCCCAAGGCAUGUAUUGCCUGGGCUCCUCCGACGCCUGGGAGACGAGCGACCAGUCCCUCAUCGCUUCCCCAGCUGCCGGCUCCUACGCCGGCCAGAACUUUGACGAGUCCCAGCCCAACCUGCAGGAGAGCCAGGCCCUGCUCCCAAAUACAGGCCUAGUGGAUGUUUGGCCUGCUCAGACAGUUCCUAGCGCUGGUGGUGGCGGCGACAGCGCAGAAUCCAGCACCUUAGUAGGCGUUCACAUGGAGGAGGAAGGGAACCCCUUGCUGGAGAAAGCCCCGCUCUUGAACAAGAAGCCCUCGCCUGAGGAGGAUGACGUGGUGUGCCGAGACCUGGAGUCCCUUUCUCCUCGGGAGGAGCCAGAGCCCACCGCCCUCAGCCGCAAGGUCUCUGACGUCACGUCGUCCGGGGUGCAAUCUUUCGACGAGGAGGAAGGCGAAGCCAACAACUGACGCUGUCGCGGAGAACCCUUUUUGCCGUUAUGCAUGGGAAACAUCGGGGGGGGGGGAGUGACAGGGAAGCCCCUCUCCAGCUCCUCAGAUUCCCCAGGCACAUGAGCACA